CCGGCUCCUCUCCGGCUCCGCUCGGUGCGCGGCUCCCGGGGGUCCCGGCCCAUGGCGGGGCGCUGAGCCCCCCGACCCCCAGCACAGCCGGGGCCGCCGCCCCCCACCAUGCGCUGGGGGGGUCUCCUCCUGCUCCUCCUGCUCCGCGGGGCGCUGGGCGCAGGACGCCCCCCCGGGAGCCCGGUGGUGGGCGAAGGGCGACGGAGAGCUCGGGAUACGUCCGAGGGGACCCGGAUCAGCCACGACCUGGGCGGGGGCAGCCUGGCCAUCGACACCCUGCCGGCCAACGAGACCCGGAUCGUGGAGGACAACCACAGCUACUACGUGUCGCGGGUGUUCGGCCCCGGGGAGGCCCAGAGGAAGGGGCUGUGGGUGGACAUGGCAGCGGCCAACGGGAGCCAAGUGAAGAUCCACGGGAUCCUCUCCAACACUCACCGCCAGGCCUCGAGGAUCAUCCUCUCCUUUGACUUCCCCUUCUACGGCCACCUCCUGCGGCAGGUCACGAUAGCGACGGGCGGUUUUAUCUUCGUGGGGGACGUGAUCCACCGCAUGCUCACGGCCACCCAGUACAUCGCCCCCCUCAUGGCCAACUUCAACCCCAGCUACUCCCGCAACUCCACUGUCCAGUACCUGGACAACGGGACGGUUUUCGUGGUGCAGUGGGACAAGGUGUACCUGCAGGGGAAGGAGGACAUGGGCAGCUUCACCUUCCAGGCAGCCCUGCACAGCACCGGGAGGAUCGUCUUUGGGUACAAGGAGAUCCCGGUGCCAGUCCUGCAGAUCAGUGCCACCCAGCACCCCGUGAAGGCCGGGCUCUCCGACGCCUUCAUGGUCCUCAACCCUUCUCCCGACGUGCCUGAGUCCCGGCGCCGGACCAUCUACGAGUACCACCGUGUGGAGCUGGACACCAGCAGGAUCAGCAGCCUGUCUGCCGUGGAGUUCACCCCCCUGCCCACUUGUCUCCAGCACCAGAGCUGUGAAACGUGUGUGACCUCGGAGCUGACCUUCAACUGCAGCUGGUGUCACGUCCUGCAGAGGUGCUCCAGUGGCUUUGACCGGUACCGGGAGGAGUGGUUGUCCUAUGGCUGUGGCCAGUCAGAUGAAAAGACCUGUGAGGAUCUGGCAGAAGGCAGCCACUACUCAGCCCCUCCUGACAGCUCCUUGUCCCCUCUGAGCGAGGGUGUCCCCUCCUCCACGGCCUCGCUCUUCAUCGACAGCCUCACCACCGAAGACGACACGAAGCUCAAUCAGUUCGCAGGAGCAGAGGGCAUGGGGAGCAGCCUUCCUUCCAAGACGGCCCCAAUUCCCACCGGCACCAUCGUGGGGAUCGUCCUGGCCGUGCUGCUCGUGGCCGGGAUCAUCCUGGCUGGGAUCUACAUCAGCAGCCACCCCACCUCCAACGCCGCCCUCUUCUUCAUCGAGCGGAGGCCGCACCACUGGCCCGCCAUGAAAUUCCGGAAUCACACCCACCACGCCACCUACGCCGAGGUGGAAGCAGCCAGCCAGGAAAAGGAGGGAUUCGUGGAAGCAGAGCAGUGCUGAGCGAUCCUCCCUCCCUCCCCUCCUGCAUCCCGAACCUGCAUCCUGCAUCCCGAACCUCCCGUUAUCCCACUGCAAAGUCUGUCCCCUUCCUGGAGGAGAACCGGCAAGGAGAGAGAGGGGAAAAAAAAAGGAGCCAAGAAAUGGAGAUUUCUUUUUUUUUUUUUUUUUCAAGGAGGAGGCUGGAUGUGCCUGGAUCCUCCUGGGCACCCCCUGGGUGUGGUGGGGGGCAAAGUGCAGCCAACUUUUGACCUUGGUGAGGGGUUUUUUGGGCUUUUUGUUUGUUUAUUUGUUUUUUCCCUCUUCCCUCCUCCACCAGAGCAGCAGAAAUGGGGGGGGGAAAUCUCGUUCUGGGGGUGCCUCGAGCAGCAGGUUCUUGGGGAGCGAAGAGAAGCUUUUUGGGGCACAGUGGCUCUGGAAUGCUCAGGAAUGUCGUGUUGGUGCCUCUCCCCUCUCGUGGAGUAGUUGGGAAGCGGGAUCAGAUGUUGUGGUGGCCCAGGAGGGGUCAGGUUGGCUCUGCAGGGCUCCUCUCCCAUCCCCUCACCCCCCAGCUCUGUCCCUUUCUCCCCUUUGCCUUCUUUAAUUGACAUUUAAUUUUGCCUUCA